UGAAGUCUGUUCAGUUUCAUUCCCACGUGACAUAUACCGAGCGAAGCUCACUUGGACAGUCAUGAUGUUGCAACGUAUUAUUCUAUGGAUGCUAAUAUCAGCUGGCGUGUCGGAGGCGGGCAUCUUUGAAAGUGUCUGUCAGACAGUCGUCAUGCAGCUUGACUGUUCAUCAGGUCACUUCCCAACGAAGAAUAUAUGUGCCUCAGACGGGAUCAAUUAUGCAACAGAGUGUCUGUUCUCAAAGGCUCAUUGUCUCAACCCGAGCCUAAAGGUCACCAACAGCAUUUGCCUGACACCCUCCCCAAGCAGUCAGCUAACUACACAGGGACCUAUAGCUACAAUGUCAACAAGCCCAGUCACUCUCAGUGCUAUAUGCCAAGUACUAACCAGCGCAACAUGUCCAGAUCUAAAGGAGGAAGUAUGUGGAACAGAUUUGGAAACAUAUGACAACAUGUGUACAUUCGAAGUUGCAAAGUGCAAAAUGCCAUCGCUGAAUAUCAAGAACAGGGGUGCAUGUAAGCCAACGGCUUUUGAUAUCAUAUGCAAGACUGUGAAGAACUAUUCUUGUCCGCCAGAAACUGAGCUGGUGUGUGGCAGCGAUGGGAAAACCUAUUCCAACUUAUGCGAGUUUGACAAGGGAAAAUGUGGGUUACCUCAUCUCACCAUCAGCAGUAUUGGUAAAUGCUAAUAAGAUAUACUUUCCGAAAACCAGUGUGCUGGCCGAUAUGACAUAUGAUACGGGUCCAUCAAGAUUGUUGAUAUAUCUGAAUAAAACCUUCGACGUUA